CGAAGUUCCCAGGCGCAAGCAUUGAACUGCACCCGUUUCUUACCUCUAUUUCUUUUCCUGCUGUUUUAAAUACCUUUGCUUGCUGGAUCUACAGGGCAUGAAGCCCUACAAUGAGUGCAACCUCUCGACUCUCCAAUCUCUUCUCUCAAGAUAACACGCCUAGAGACUCUGUCCAGAUUCAACGCAAUGGCUCCGCCGAGUCAGAACUCGAGAUCGACAGCGCACGACAGAUUAAACGCCAACGAACAAUGGAAAAGUUGGCGGAGGAGGAAACCGAUGAUGAGCUGAAGAGGCCUCCUUAUCUUCAUUCCAUGCUCGCUGGUGGAAUCGGUGGAACCAGCGGCGACAUUCUCAUGCACUCUUUAGACACAGUCAAGACGAGACAACAAGGCGAUCCCCAUUUUCCUCCUAAGUACUCCAGUUUGUCCGAUUCAUAUGUCAAGAUUUUCCGGCAAGAAGGCAUCAGGAGAGGCCUCUACGGAGGAUUCACAGCGGCCAUGCUGGGGUCGUUUCCUGGCACGGUGACAUUUUUUGGUUCAUAUGAAUAUUGCAAGAGACAUAUGCUCGAUAGAGGAGUGAGCCCGUCUCUUGCAUACCUUGCAAGUGGAUUUCUCGCCGAUUUCGCAGCAUCGGUUGUCUAUGUCCCCUCCGAAGUUCUCAAGACCCGAUUGCAACUACAGGGGCGAUACAACAAUCCCUUCUUCAAUUCUGGAUACAAUUAUAAAUCUACUUGGGACGCGGCCAAAACAAUAGCGAGAACAGAAGGAUUUGGUGCGCUUUAUUCGGGAUACAAGGCCACAAUCGUGAGAGACCUCCCAUUUUCCGCCUUACAGUUCGCAUUCUACGAACAAGAGCGCAAAUUCGCACAGAGGUGGAGCGGAAAGAAUGAUAUUGGCCUUGGAUUGGAGGUGUCGACUGCAGUCUCGGCGGGCGGUAUUGCAGGCGUUAUGACCUGUCCAUUGGAUGUAGUCAAGACACGGAUACAAACCCAGAUUUCCCCGGACAAUCAUACGAAACACAGUCAGGCAGCCCAUCACGAGAAGACGAUCAAGAAUACUCCGACCUCACAGUCACAGACACGUUUGAUCCACUCGGGACCGCGAACUGUUCCCCAUACCGCUCCUACCUUGGACACCUCUUCCGUGAUAACGGGGCUCAGGCUCAUCUACCAAACUGAGGGUGUACCGGGCCUGUUUCGUGGCGUUGGCCCACGGUUUGUGUGGACAAGCGUCCAAAGUGGAACGAUGCUUGUCCUGUACCAAUAUUUGUUGAAGCAGAUGGAGCGUGUGCGAUCCAGCGAAGGAUCAGGAGUGAUGUAAAUAUUUCUGUGUACGUUUGCAGUACCGAGUACUCCGUACUCCGUGCCAACUGGUGUCAUUGUAUGGGGAUACCCUUGGAUAGGAUGUCAGGCGAUGAUAGAUAUAGACUGUACUAUAAUGCACAAAAUCUUCGG